AGCAGAACAAGGUAAACUUGGUGACGGCAGUGACGCUCUCUAUCGACCAGAACAAUAUAUGAUCAUUCAUCAAAUAUUUCAGAGGAUUCAAGAGUUGUAUGGAGCAGAAUCCACAUCAUGAUGAUUCUAUUUUCAAAGUAGGUUGACUUCAUUGGAACUAGACUCAAAUUAAAGACACCAGGAAUCGGACGGGACAAACUGCUAGGGAAGGACUACUUGCAAUUUCAAUGGCUGAUGUGAAGGAGAAAAACUUUCUAAAACUCAUAUGGCUCUUGAUGAAAUAUGGUGCCAAAGUUUUACAACACAGGAUUGAAUAUGAACUCAGAAAUCAAAAAUGGCAGAAAUUAUGUGAUUUUUUGCAGGAAAAAAAGCAUGAUAUAUUUCAUUUGACACUUUCCAAAAAAUGUUGCAAAUGCCCUGUGGGUGACGACUAUAGAGGUAAACCACCUUUGCCCAAGGAUGUUCUAGGACAGCUGUACGAAAAUUUAGAUCAAUGCUGUUCACCUAAAUUCAGGGGCUGUUGUUGCUGCAAGCUUUCACCUCAUACAGAUCUUAAUAAACAUGCUACUGAAUUAGACAUAACCCUCACAAGUUGUUUGCUGAAAAAUUUUCUUAUAGAAGAUUUAGGACAGAAACAAGUUAUUGAAAACAUUCGAAAAUUGAGGAAUGAUAAAGAGUUGUUACACAAGGGGAACGCUGAGGUAGAUGGUGACAGCUUUGCGAGGAUUUGGCUGCAGUUAUCUAAUGCAAUAAAAGAAGUAGCGGAAAAAUGUGAGCCAUAUUUCUACUCAGAGAUCAGGGUUGAAGUGGACAGACUGAAAACGCGUCCUCUGUCCAAGGAAGACACCAUCUCAUCUAUAAACACUUGGAAAGAGCUACAGGAGGAGUUUGGCAGCCCAGUUGAUAGACAACAGAUUUCUGAGCUCUGCCAGAGAUUAACACAAGUCUGCAGUGAUGUAGCAACCAUAGCAACUCAACUUCAGGAUGUGAGAUUUCCAAAGAAUAACCCUGAGCUGGAAAGCUUGCUUUCUUACACUGAGUCACAGCUAAAAGCUCAUGAAAAGAAGAUCUAUGUAGAACCAAAGAGAGCCAUGCAACAUUGCCUCAAGAAUAUGGAGAAGCACAGAUUUAUCUGUAUAACAGGGGAGGCAGGAAGUGGAAAGACCAGCUUCGGACUUCAGCUGAUGCAGCAUAUAAGGAGGAAAAACUUAGACUGUACACCUAUAAUUCUCACAGAAAGUAGUCAGUGGUUUAAAUUUAUAUCACCAGAUAAAAAGUUUAUUAUUUUUGUUGAUGAUAUUAUAGGAAAGUCAAGUGUUAGUGAAAGGGAUUUUGAAGAAUGGAGAAGGGUUUUUGAUGCGAUGCAUCUUCGUGUAAGUGAUGAUAAAUUCCCUACGUUUGUUAUUUUUUCAUUACGAAAUUGUAUUUGGGGUUUAAAGAAGGAUGAAUUCAAAGGUUAUAUUUUAUUUAACCUCUUUAAGACUUCUAAUGUUGAUUUGUCAGGUUCAGAUUUUGGCAUGACCAUUAAACAAAAGAAAUCAAUGUUGUACAGCUAUUGUAAAUGUUAUAAGAUUUCAGUUUGUUGGUCUGAGUCUGAAGAGAAUAGAUCUUUUGAGGUUUUUGAUCCCAGUGCUUUGUGUCUCUGUGAGGAAACUUUGAAUAAUAUCGCACAAUCGAAAACAGUUAGUGGUUUUCCUCUAUUAUGUGAAGAGUUUUUUAGCAACCCAGAGUCCUUGAAACAAAGGUCAAAUUUUUUCACCAUCAAUUCAGCAUGCAAUCAUUUUAAAAAACUCGUGGAUGACUUGUUAUGCAAAAAAAUGUAUUUGCAUUAUGUUAUAUUAGUUUUGUUCUUCUUGGAGGUUUUAACAGAAAAAGUGUACUCUAUACAAGAGAUAAUGAAACAAAGAUCAAAGAUAAAGGAAAUUGCAGAGAAAAUUUAUUUGUUUCAUUUCAUAUCACAUCAGUUGAACAAAGCUGAAAUUCAGGGUAGCCUUCAAGAUUUACAGAACACUUUUGUACAUAGUACAGAUGAUGGGUACAAACUUAAGCAUAUGGUUGUGUAUGAAGCAAUUUUACUGUCCUUUGGGGAAAGUUUUCCAUCUCCAUUUCUAGAACUUGUGAACAGGAACGAUUUAUUUACAUUUGUUAGGUCACAUAAUUACAAACCAGAAAAAUGGGAAAUCUGUGUACAUUUAGAAGAUGACAUGACAGAAGCUCUAGCUAGAAAACUGAUAGAUAUUUUUGCUCCUAAUACGUUUGAUGCUUACACAGUUGUUUACCAGCAUCCAUCUUUUAACGAUGAACAGUUGGUGUCUUGUUUUUUGGACAUAGUGGAGGAAGAUCCUAAAUUCAGAGCUUUUUUAGAUUCGUUUGUGGCUGGGGCUUGCAGUUACAAGAGAGAUAUCUUAGCUAGUGAAACAGUCAAAAGAUUUUCCAGCGUUUUUAUAUAUGACUCUGAUAUAUUAAAUGUAAUUUUGACUCAUGAUCUUAUUGAAACCUUCAAUCAAUUCAUUAAUAACUUUGAAUUUCGAAAAAUACUAGUGGCUCAUAUUUUGGAAGAAGAUGCUGAUAGCACAAGUUUUUUUCACGUAGCUUCUAUGAGUUGUUCUAAGAGGUGUUUUUUCGGUAUUCUAGAUUUACUUCUAUCCAAAGAUGAUGAGCUAGAGAUAGAUAGAGACAAGCUGGAUGUGUUUUCAAGAAAUACAGUUUUUGGGCUAAUAAUCGGAACUCUGACUCAUCCGUAUGAGUCUACAAGUAUUGAUUUGAAAGAGGAAUUAAUAAAACUUACAGAAUUAAUGACAACUGAGAAUGGAAAGCAGUUAGCUUACAAAUAUAUUGUUAAGAUUUCUCUUUCAAACGAGAAGUUUGAUAUUGCCCUGGAAUAUCUUCCAUUGAUACAUGUAGUAUCUUUCACAUAUGAGGACGUGUUGUCUGUAUUGUAUACUUGCAUAAACCAUGGUAGGGACGAGUUUUUCAAUGUAUUUUGUAAGAAGAUAAAAGGAUCAAAUUUAAUUGAUUCUAAAAUGGUUAAUGUUUUGUUGGCACUAGCUAACAUAGGGCAGAGUGAAAACAUGGUCAUGAAGUUCUUACAUGAAUUUAAUAAUCUGUGCGAUUAUAAUUUUACUCUCCGUAUUAAUGGUGAUACAAUACUACAUAUGUUUGAAAGGCACUCUAUCUCUGAUGUUAAUAUGCUUUUCAUUCUACAAAGACCAGAAGGAGAGUUUAUGUUUACUAAGGUAAAUAAUAAAGGGCUGACCCCUGUACAAUGUAGAAGAUCUUAUCCGAAACUCAGAACAUUUCUAAGUAUGGAGAAUCUUCUUCAGUAUUCUCCUUAUGACACAGAAGGUCAGUAUCCAGAUAUAGGUUUUAGCGAUGAUAUGCAGCUUCUCUACCAACCUAAUACAGGUAGUUUUACACGAACGUAG